AAGCAAGGCACGCACGUUGUUGCACUGGACUUGGCACACGUCCUCCCUUCAGUUUCAGUUGCUUUCCUCUUCUCCUCCUCCUCCUCCUGCUGAUCAUCAUCGUCAUGUCGCUGUGUGGAGGCGCGUGUGCCGUCUGCUAUGCCGUGGGCGCUUUCUUCCUUCUCAGCCUCGCUGUUCGCGUGCUGAAGGCGGUGUAUGCUGCAUACCUGCGGCCCGCUGAGGAUCCCAAGAAGUAUGGCGCUUGGGCAGUGGUCACUGGCGCUACGGAUGGCAUUGGCCUUGAGUACGCCAAGCAGUUGGCGGCCAAGGGCAUGAACAUUGUGCUCAUCAGCCGCACCGCCAGCAAGCUCGCCGAUGUCAAGAAGGAGAUCCUUGCAGCGGACAAGCGCGACAUUGAGGUGAAGGUUAUUGUCGAGGACAUGUCUGGUGAGCCAACCGAGGUGUACCCGCGGAUUGCCAAGCAGCUCGAGGGCCUCGACAUUGGCGUUCUCGUGAACAACGUCGGCAUCUCCUACGAGCACCCAGAGUUCUUCGCCGCCCUUGACCAGGAGCGCAUCGAUGCGCUCGUGCGCCUCAACAUCGUCUCCAUCAACCAGAUGACCCGCAUCGUCCUCCCCGGCAUGCAGCAGCGCAAGCGCGGUGCCAUCGUCAACGUCAGCUCUGGCAGCGGCACUCUCCCCACCGCCCUCCUCACAGCCUACUCUGCAACCAAGGCGUACGUCGACUUCUUCAGCCGCGGUCUUGCUGUUGAGGUUGAGAAGGACGGCGUCUUCGUGCAGCCACACCACGCAACAAAGUGCACGAUAGUGCAAGCUACAGGCGUACGACUACAGGCGUACGAGUAG